GGUGCGCCGUGCAGGGCCCUCGCUGCAUCUGUUGUUUACCUUUACCUCUUUUCGUUCCUUCGAAUAGUAAAAUUUCUCCUUUUCUUAAUACUGAAGGUUUACUUUUCUAGUUAUCAUUUCUCCUGUCUGUUUUUCCUCGUGCCAUCUAUACACAAACACAGUCGGUAGAGACGGCCCCCUCGCUCGAAGGACGCCAAUUUUGCCCACGGCCGUUGCAGACCCCUGCCGGCCCGAUUUAGAAGAGAAUCUUAUCGGCAACAGCUGCAACACCUUUCGACGUUCAGACCACACGACACUCAGCACCCUCCCGCGACACACCAACCUGCCCCACACUUCCCCUCUCCUGACCAUCCGAGUGAACCAUUCACGUCUUGUCGGCUCACCCGUUCCUGCCACCGCAGCGCCUUUUGCGACUCAUCCUCAGUCAAACUCAAGGGCAACAUUCACCAUGAGCUGGUUCUGGCAGUCUUCCUCGUCCUCCCCCGAGUCCGAGGGCUCAAGCAACAAGUCCCCAUCGUCCUCGACAACUCCCAUGCCACCGCAAGCACCUCCAACAAGUCAAACACCACCCUCCCAGCACCAAGACCGCGAGGUGGCCAUGUUCAUGAACAUGCUCAUGAAAGACACCCAGUCCCCUUCGCAAGCCAGAGCUCAACAACAACAACAACAACAACAACAACAAUCAGCACCAUCAACACCAACAACGCCCUCAAACCAGGACUCGAAAUCGACAACCACAUCAUGGCUUCCCUGGACCACCACCGCCAAAACCCCAAAUACCGAACAACUCACCACCACGACCCCCUCACCCCGUACGCGAACCAGCCGCACCCCCCCGUCCCUCGCCAUGUCCGAACAUGUCCUCCCCACCACCAUGUCCUGCCGUGACGCCUUCGACUACGCCUGGCACUGCCACACGCCCGGGUCGCAGUGGAACGCCGUGUACCGGUACGGCACGGUGCGCACCUGCACCGAACUCUGGGACGACUUCUGGUUCUGCAUGCGCACCAAGUCAUACCCGCCCGAGCAGCGCGCCCAGGCCAUCAAGGCGCACUACCGCGCGAAGGAAGAAGCCAAAUAUGGAGGGGGAAAGCCGAGCAGCGAGGAUAUCUGGGAGAGUAGGGACGAGAGGGUAAAGCCGGGGUCGGUGUUUAAUAAGCGGUUUGAUGAGGAGGAGGAGGCCGGGUUGGAUGAUGCUGAGGUGCAGAGGAGGGAGGCCGAGAGGAGGCGGAGGGUGAGGGUUGCUGCUGGGAUUGAGAAGGAAGGGUGAAGAGGAAGGGAAGUAGUAUGGGAUCAGGUUGGAUGCAUCUCUUUAUACUUUUUUUUACCUUGAUACCUCGAGAGCGUCGUCGGUAGGCAAUGUCAUCUCCGCUGCGGAUUCCCAGACACCGAACCGACUGAUCCAACCAACGGGCGUUGUGCCCUGAAAAUAGAAAUACUCCGAGGCACUGUCGUUCACUGAACUGAGGCCCCAAACUGCCCACACACUGGAGUUCAUUGCCAUCAGAAAGAUCUGAUUGACGUUCAUGAUGUUCACUAAUGCGUCUGGCUGCACCGCGGGGUUGUCAUUAAAGCCAUAAGUCAUAACGAAAGCCACAAGCCAUAAUGAAAGCCAUGAACCAUAGUGAAAAUGAUCCUGCCCCCAAUGCCCAUCCCAGACUCCGCCCCUUCACUCCCUCAACCUAGACCGAACCCAAACCAUCUCUGCCCUCUGAAUGCCGGGCAUCGU